ACCCCGCGCCUGCGGCACCCGGCCGCCAGGAUGCGCUACGCAGACCCCUCGGCUAACCGGGACUUGUUGGGGAACCGAACUUUGCUCUUCAUUUUCAUCUGCGCCUUCGCUUUGGUGACCUUGCUGCAGCAGAUCCUGUACGGCAGGAACUACAUCAAGAGAGGCCUCCAGUCUGGCUGGCAGAGUGGCGACCAGCUGGCCAAUUGGACGGGGCUCUUUAACGUCACCGACGACCACGCAGUGCCGAGCGGCAGUGACGCCAACUCCAGGUAUUUUGAGUUUUACGAGGGGCCUUUUGAAUAUAACUCCACGAGAUGCCUGGAGCUGAGGCACGAGAUCCUGGAAGUGAAGGUGCUGUCCAUGGUGAAGCAGUCGGAGCUGUUCGACAGGUGGAAGAGCCUCCAGAUGUGCAAGUGGGCCAUGAACAUCUCGGAAGCCAACCAGUUCAAGUCCACUCUGUCCAGGUGCUGCAAUGCCCCUGCCUUCCUCUUCACCACUCAGAAGAACACGCCAUUGGGGACGAAGCUCAAGUACGAGGUGGACACCAGCGGCAUCUACCACAUCAACCAGGAGAUCUUCCGCAUGUUCCCCAAGGACAUGCCCUACAACCGGUCCCAGUUUAAGAAGUGUGCCGUGGUGGGCAACGGAGGCAUCCUGAAGAACAGCCGCUGCGGGAGGGAGAUCAACAGCGCCGACUUUGUCUUCCGGUGCAACCUGCCCCCCAUCUCGGAGAAGUACACCAUGGAUGUGGGGGUGAAGACGGACGUGGUCACCGUGAACCCCAGUAUCAUCACAGAGAGGUUCCACAAGCUGGAGAAGUGGCGGCGGCCCUUCUACCGCGUGCUGCAGGUAUACGAGAACGCGUCGGUGCUGCUGCCGGCCUUCUACAACACUCGCAACACCGACGUGUCCAUCCGCGUCAAGUACGUGCUGGACGACUUCGAGUCGCCGCAGGCCGUCUACUACUUCCACCCGCAGUACCUGCUCAACGUGUCGCGCUACUGGCUCAGCCUGGGUGUGCGCGCCAAGCGCAUCAGCACCGGCCUCAUCCUGGUGACGGCGGCACUCGAGCUGUGCGAGGAGGUGCACCUGUUCGGCUUCUGGGCCUUCCCCAUGAACCCCUCGGGGCUGUACAUCACCCACCACUACUAUGACAACGUCAAGCCCCGCCCCGGCUUCCACGCCAUGCCCUCAGAGAUCUUCAACUUCCUGCACCUGCACAGCCGUGGCAUCCUCCGCGUGCACACGGGCACCUGCAGCUGCUGCUGACCGGGCCGCUCCGGGCUGCCCCGCCUACCGGGACUCCGAACCUCCUCUGUCUCCUGGUGGAGCUGGGGACCCCGUGCCGGCGGUCACUCCCUGCGUAGCUCCACUUGGUGCGAGGAGCCUGGGGCUGAGAGGCAGGGGGGUGGGAGUCCUGGCAGCACCUCCCUUGGCUCUGGGGUGGGAGCGGGGCAGGCUGCCCCGCCCCUGGGAUCAGGGAGCCUGGGGACCACAAGUGAAUAAAGCACAUUUCCACUCAGUUUUAGCAUCUGAUUGAGCACACACUGCAGUGGCCCUGUGGCAGCUGAAGGAAGGCCCUAAGGAGAAUGGUGGAGGAGAGGCAGGACGCUGGAGCACGGGCCAAAUGUCCUCAGACUUCCGGGUUAUGCUGAAGACUCAGCUGGGAAUUGCCAUCCAGGAUCUCCCAGCUUAGAGGCCAGAGUGUUCCAGAAGAUAGAGGGGGCUCAGCAAGGCCGCGCUGGGACAUACUCACCAAGUCACGCCACCGCCCGAGUUCAGGAAGUGACACCCUGAGAGAGAAGGCCAGCUCAGCCACCAGCUCAUCCUCAGACCUGCACGGUCGCAUGCCUCCAGGUUUGUUCCUGCGCUUGCUGUUUGGAUGAGAAGGAAUCACACCCAACCAGCCAUAUGCACUAAGGUUUCCAAGCUGAUGGGAUCGACUCCACAAGUGCUUAGCAAUUUGAUUCCUCUCCCGUCUCCCUGUUUGCAGCUCCAUUUGAACCAGGAGUUAUUUAUAUGACGUUCGUGCUCGCUGCAGAAUCUGGCAAUCGCGUGUUUCUGAAUGGGAGCCAUCAGCCUGCGGGCUGGAAAGAGCUGACUUGUCGCAUGUGGAACUAGCAGGUGGACGCCGGCAUGGUCUCCGACACCAGCACCCCGGGGCUUCCGCUGUGCGGGCAGGUCCUCCUGUAGUGCUCGCCAGCCGCCUCCACACUCACGGCGCCGCCCAGGGCCUGGGCUGGGAGGGGCUCACAGGUCAUCUCGCGUCUGAAAGCCAUUCCCUCUGCUCGCCCCUGUGUGUUUCCACAGUGACUGCGACCCUGCCUGACACUGCUGGUGAAUUGCCUUAGAACUUGGCAUUGUGGACUUGUAGACUGUAAGUCUGGGAGGACUUCAGUGCACCUGCCUGUCUGCCUACCUGCUUCCCUUCCCGUCCCCCUCCCUCCCUUGAACGUUUCUGGAGAGCCUGUUCUGCUUCCAUCGGCCGUGAACUUGGGAAGACUGAUGGCCAAGGAGGGCAUCGGCUUUGUCUAACCCAGCUGGAGGGCAGGUCAUAAACACCUUGCAGGCCCGCAGGCUGGGUGCUGAGGAGAAGCGAGAGCUGUGGGAACGCAGCAGGCAGAGGGACUGUGCUGCCGUCUCAGCCCCGAGACAGGAGACAGGAGAGUGCAGGCAGGGCUGCCGGGCUCCCUCUCCAGGGCUCCCAUCUUGACCGGGCCUCUUCCUCCUGGCUUGUGUUGCGCCGAGCACCUGCUCCACGCAGGUCUGGAUGCUGUUCACCUGCAAUCUGAGGCCUGGUUCUGGCUGGAAAACCUCAGGCUGCUCCGAGCCUUCGCAGACUGCUUUCCUGUACCACAGAGCAGCAGCCGAGGACAUGCAGGGGGCCCAGGAUUUGGAAGCCUGGGAAAGCCUGGACCCGGAUGGUGCAUGGUGAAUACCUUCCUGGUCCCCGCCUGUUUCUCCUGUGAAGGGAAUCCUGGGACAGAUUCCAGUUGAUGGAGGUUUCUGGCCAUUGCUCAUGGUUAAUUGAACCCACUUCUUGAUCAUGUUGUUGUCCAGGAGGGGCAGUGUUUGUGGGCAGGCGGGAGCCUUGGCGAGUCGCAUACCGGGGUUCCCACCACUGAGGGUGUGGGCUUGCAGUCUGCUCCAGCCUGGGCCAUGGGGUCUGUCCCAUGUGGCAGUUUGGCUGAGGGUGGUCGUGGCCAGGUUUACAGUGGUGGGUCUCAGGGCAAGCCCCUUCUCUCCCUCAGGGUCUUAGUUUCUCAUCUCUGUAACUAGAGGCUUUGGAAAGACUUCUACAGUCUCCUUUUAAAAAAUUCAUUCAUGACACUUGGAUCAAGGCCAUAAAUAAUAUUUACUGUCACAAGAGUUGGGAUUGGCCAUGCGUUCCUUCUGUGCCAGUCCGUAUGCUGAGCACUUUCCCUUCCUUACGUCCUGUAACCAUCCCAAGACCCCUUUUGGAGAGGUGGCUCCCAUUGUACAGGUGAGCAGACUGAGGCUCAGUAUGAUUCAGGGACUCGUUCAUGGUCAGGCAAUCAACAAGUGCAAUUGCACUCCGGUCUGUGAAAUUCCCCAAAGUCUGUUCUCCAAACCUCUGUCUGAGCUUUCCAGCCAGUGUCACCAGGAUGGGAGAGGCAGAUGGCCCUGGGAGGCUAUCAGUCUCUGCCUGUUGGUGCCUCUCUCCAGCCCCGCCCCCUGCAGCAGUACUGACCGCCCACAGUGGUACUGGAGGGGGAACUGAAGCCAUCAGUCCAUUUUUCUCAGGGGAUGAGAGAUGACAAUGUCAGUGACUUGCCCAGGGCCCCUGGCAGCUGGUGGCUCAGCUGGCACUUUCAGACCACAUCUGUCUCCUGCAGCCCGUUGUUUGCACGGAAACAGUUGCCAGGGCUCAGAGAGACCCAGGCACUGACUAGAAGCCCUGUGCCGUGUUCCUCCACAGUCCUGUCGUCGCCUCCCACUGUGCGGUGCACACCUCCAGUUGAAUUCUUAAUGGGAAAUCAAUUCCCGGCAAACAAGCCAGCCGCCAUGGCUUUGUAUGUGUUAAACCCACCGGUCCAGGCUGGAAGGGCAGCAAAACAAGUAAGUGACUCAGUGCUUAGCCAAGCAAAGAGAAAGGUGGCUCAAGGUCAGAUGCGCGCUCAGAGGCGAUUUCAGCAAUAACACCAGUGCCACUGCAGCAACUCUGCCACCGCUCACCUGUGCUGCAGAGAGCUGGGGGGCUCAGGGCCCCUGACUGCAGAGUGUGGGUGGGCUGGGGGCAGCACCUUCCUACCAGGUGAGGGAGGGCAGAGUGCUGGCUGCUGGUGAUCCGCCAGAUAUUUAUCCUGUGCCCAGUCUGUGCACAAAACGUGGUCUCUACUCUCAUUAUGGGGUGUAUGGGGAUAGAUGUUAAGUGAAGGGUCCCCCAAAACCCAGGUGUUCACCUCGUUGAGUGCUAGGAGGCCCAGGCUCCUGGACAGUUAUCUGGGAGAGGAGAUGGGGAUGAUGAUGAUGUCAACAACAACAGUGGUCAGUUCUGAGUUCCAAAGGCUGGCAGCCUAGCAAUUGUCAUUGCUAAGGCAGUGGGUGCUUCUCAGGCCCCAUCCUGGACCCCGUGUGACACUUCCCAGGGUUGACCUCUCUGCUUCUCUGCUGUCCGACAAACCAUUCUACCCCGACUGUCUCUCUGAACGCUCUUUCUCAGGCUGCCCUGUUGAUUGACCUUCCUGAAGCUGCCUCAGAGUUCUCAUCUCCCACUGAGGGCAUCCCUGCAGAGGCCUCAUCGCUCAAGCAUCUCCCAUGCUUACACCUCAAACCCCUUCCUAGCCAGUGGGUCCUCUCGAGUCUAGAAGCAUGAGCUCCGGAUAUCUGUAUCUGGAGGCUUCUCAACCUCAAUGUGUCCUCAAGGGGUACACACUUAAAGAACAGUGUGGACUCAGGGUCUCCUCCCACUGCGUAGUAGUGUGACCUGGGGAGCUUCCAAAGGCCUUGGAGCCCCUGCUUCAUCAUCUGGAAAAUGAGGACAGGGCACCAGCCUCACCACCUGUGAGGGUUAUGUGAGACAGUGUUGCACGAUGCCUAGAACAGCAACUAAACAAACUAGACACCCACAAAGUGCAGAUUCCCUCGCCCAAAACCUGGUCACUCUUGCAUUUUCCUUCUCCUUCACUCUGUGUGCCUGUGUUCACCAAAGCUUGCCAGCUUCAAUGCUUUCAUAUUCCCUGAGCUCAUUCCCACCCUGCAUCUCCUCUGCCACUGCCCUAACUCGGGGCUCAUUCUGCUCCCAAAAAGCACCUUUUGUGAAGCCCAUUGCCUAUCCAUACGAUAAAGUCCAGAGCCUUUACCAAGCCAUGCAGGACAUGUGUCCUGCUGGCUCCUCGUCUUUGCCGAGUCGCUCCUGCCACCUGCAACCACCGCCCAGACUCCUCCAGGCUGUGCCUCUGCACAAGCUAUGGAAAGGCUAGAGUGGCCCCUGUACUCCCACUUGCCUCUCACCCUUUUUGCAGAUGUCAGGUUCUAGCCCCUGUAUCCCCCUUGGGCUGGGCACGUCCUCCUCUGUCCGGCUGUGGCCAGCACUGACCCCUAUUAGGAUGUCCUCAGAGUGCUGGCACAAGCGUCCCCAUGUCCUUGGUGGGGGAAUCUGUUCCCCUGGGAAGGCACAGUUCCUAGCUCAUCCUUGCGCCUCCAGCACUGGCUUGGAGCCACACAUGGCAGGUACUCCGCACGUGUUUGCUAAAGGAAUGAGGUCAGUGGUCACCCAAGGAGAGUCCUCUUUUUUGCCGGCUGUGUUCCAGGGAGGCUGAACUGCCUGUGUAGUGGGCACUCACCAGCUGCAGCACCCAGUCUCUGCCGUCUCCUCUUUGUUUUCCUCCUUUAUCAUCAUCUUGCUCACCUGCCUCUUGCUUGCUAACCAGUCCUCUUGCUCUCUGGCAACAGAAGAAGGGGAAGAUUUUCGUUCCUCCCUUCCCUUUCCUCGCAGCCACAGCACUGGAGAGAGACGUCAGCAUCUUGCAUUGCUGUGGCAGAGGUGUGGCUGGGUGAUAGUGUACAGGGAUUUAUCAAUGGUGUCUCAGCAGUGAAAGGAAAAUGCUAUAUUUUUUGGCUGGAGAAAUAGGAGCUGAGCUUUGCAGGAUGUCUGCCCAGGAGAAAGCCAGCAGCUUGGGGUUGUUGCCUUGUGGGGAGAAGGUGGUAGCCUGAGCUCCACACACAUCUUGGCCUAACCCUGCAGCCGGGGCGCCCCUUGGGGAGACCAGUUGUGGCUGAUGGGUCAGUAGAGGUGACAAGGGCUGUGUCCAGGCCAGGCUGUGUCUUCUGUUGUUCUUUAGGGAUGCGAUCAUAGGAGGCCAGACUGUGGAAGCUGACUUCUUCCUGCAAGACAUCCUCAUAGAGCAAUGUGUCCUUCUCAGAAUCACCUGGGCACUUGCUAAAUGUCUGGACUCAAGCUGGGGCAGAGGUGGUGGUGCCUGGGAGUCCACAUCCUUGGCCAGGCCCUGAUGCACAGUUGCCACCAAGUGAGCAACACUGUCUUGUUUAAAAUUCCGGCUGCAGGCGUGACUGGUGGAAGGCUGCAACUCAGGAUCUGGCAUGGACCCCAGUUUCUGCAUUGUCUAUGAAUAUAAAAUAGAAUGCACUGUUAGACUAGCAACAACAGUCAAAUGCUUGGGAAGCUAUAAGAUUUAGAAAAUUUGUUGCUCAGCAUUAACAAAAAUUCCUUUCUCUCUCCUGUUUUUAUUGUGAUAAAAUUUACCAACUUGUCACGUGCGUGUUGCACGUUGCUGUACAAGCCAUCUCCAGAACUGUUUUCAUGUUGCAACACUGAAAUGUCAAACCCACUGAGUUCCCUCUGCCCCAUGCCCUGCCAGUCACCUUCGUGCUCCCUGUCUGUGACUUCCACCCCCUGAAGUCCCUCAUAUACGUGGCAUCAGUCUUUUGGGGACCUGCUUACUGCAUCUAGCAUAAUGCCCCAAAGACUUCUAAAGUAUUAAGGGUCCCUUCGGUACAGCAUGUUCCCAAAUGGCACUAACUGUUUUUAGUGUCCCCGUAGCAGGUAGCGGGAUUGUCACUGUUGCCUAGAGCAGCCCCCUGGAGUCUUAUGUGACCUUGACACUUUGCCGGGGUGAGUGCGGGCCUGGUCUCACUUCGCCAGCUGUCCUGCCAAUCUUUCCGAAGUCUUUAGAUGCUUCCCUGUGCAGCAUCCCAUUUGCAAACAUUUCUUUUUGUUUCAAAGAAAAAAAAGGAGGAGAAUACAUGUCACCAUGACUUGGCUCCAGGCCACAAAACCCAGAGGCCCGAGACUCGCUCUGCAGUCUGGAGACGGUGCCCUUGGCAGUACAGUCACUCCUUAGCUUCAACCGAACGGCCUGCUCAGCUUGGGGUGAAGACUCCGUGCCCCUGCAGUGUGGUUCUCAGCCCUGUGUGCACGGCACAGUCACCUGCUCUGCGUGUCCCACCCUCCCCUGCCCGGAGAACCUGACCCAGCCAGCCUGGGCGUGGGGCUGAGCGUCCCUAUUUGAAAGGCUCAGCGGAAGUAGUUCUGCCAAGUUAUCCUGAACGAGCUGCUUUAGGGCAGGGAUCCGUGGCUUGGCUGCACUCUGGAGUCACCGGAAGAGCUGAAGAGAUCCUCAGGGGACCCCACCCUGGGCUGUUCUGAUCCCGCCGGUCCCAAACGUCACCUGGGUUAUUAGGAGUUUUCGAACUCCGGAUGUUUCUAACGUGCUGCCAAUCUGGUCGGGCAGUGCUCCACCCCACCCCAGUGUCUGGCUUGGUGCCGUGGCUGCGGCAGAGCCUUUGUGAGCAGGUGUCCCGAUGAUGCGGCGUGGGCCCAGGGACUGCACGUGGAGGGCCUGGCUCUGCCCCGCUGCUUCCUGGUUGGGGCUUCAGGGCCUCCCCCACCCCACCCCCUGUAUCAGCAUUCAGCCCAAGUCUUCUUAAAGGCACUAAACGUUUCUUCGGAACAUUUUAAACAUCUGAACAAACAUUACGACAUCUGUUAAAGGCAAGGUAGCAGAGAGUCCUUCUCCGGGGUUAGGAGGCCCAGGGUGGGCCUGAAUGCAGGAUUCGGCCAUGCCUGGGAUUGGGAUGUGUUUUUGUGAUGGUGCCUGGAGCUUGCGGCCAGCUGGUGCCCAGGGGAAGGUUGUUUUAUACUGGUCUGAGUGCCACACGGUACCUCUAGCGAGGGUGAGACCUACCUGGCCCACCUGGAUGAUGCAGGCCCAGCACUCCACCCACUCCGCCCACCGCCGUGCGAUGUGGUUGCUGUGGCCCUGGGGCUGAGGCCAUGCCCACUUCCUCAUGCCCUGCCUUUCCCACCUUUCUUUGGGAAAGGCUUGGAUUGAAACCAGUUACUUCGUUCCUGCCUCAGUUUCCCUUUCAUUGCUCUGCUCCUCCCUUCAAAGAUGUCCUCAGAGGGAACUUCAGCCCGUGGCAGCUCAGAAUUCCAUGCUCAGCCACAAAGUUUGAACAAACCCCCGCAGGUCUCAAAGACGUAUUAGAAGAGAGGAGACCGGGUCGGCGCCGCGGCUCACUUGGUUAAUCCUCCGUCUGCAGCUCCGGCAUCCCCUAUGGGCACCUGGUUCUAGUCCCGGCUGCCCCUCUUCCAGUCCAGCUCUCUGCUGUGGCCCGGGAGGGCAGUGGAGGAUGGCCCAGGUGCUUGGGCACCUGCACCCGCAUGGGAGACCAGGGAGAGGCGCCUGGCUCCUGGCUUUGGAUUGGCACAGUGCUGGCCGUAGUGGCUAUUUUGGGGGGUGAACCGAUGGAAGGAAGACCUUUCUCUCUGUCUCUCUCUCACUGUCUAUAACUCUAACUGUCCAAAAAAAAAAAAAAAAAAAAGGGGGGGGGGAGAAGAGACGGUGACUUUUACAGGCACGAGGUAAAAGACCCCUUGCUCCCCAGCGAGCUCAUCCAGCGCCCAGGUGGGAGAAGGUGAGUCGGCUGCUGUGCAACAAAGGCCGAACAUUUUCGCGAACAGCGAACCUCUCACAACAGUCACUUUCAUGCCCAAUCCUGGUGAACUCGCUUCUGGCCUCUAAUAAUAAAGCAAACCAAGAGAAUGCUAACAGGUGCUAGAUCUAGCAAGAAGUGGCAGCUAAUUGUCCGACUGGGAUGGCAUGAAAAAGACCCAAACCUCAUCAUCUCCGAAAAUGCCCGGAGGUCUGUGGCCGUGUGCGGGCAUUCGGCUGAGGUCCCCCUGCAACGUCCCCCCCCCCGCACAGGGGCACACAGAUGUCGUUUCGCGAGUGCCGACUUCAACAGGGCAAGGCCGUGUCGGGUCCACUCCAGCAUUAUUCCCACUCGCAAGCACAUUCGUCAACGUCUUGGUGCUUAAAAGAUAAGCCCUGGUUCCCUGGAAGUUUGCUGCAGGGAAAUCGUUAUCUGAGCACGUGGGCCGCGUGGCACGGGCACACCCUCUCCUCUGACCAUGGGCUUUCUCCCUGACAUGGGCCACUUCCUCCUGCUUAGGGAUGAAAAGGAGCAGAGGCGGGAGCCGGCUCUCUGCCUUCCCAUCUCCAAGGGCCCUGGCAGUGCGCCUGGGGGCGUGGCCAGGCACCCUCCCUCUGCACCUCUGGCUCUGCUUGUAGUGUCCCUACUGCAUGGGGAGGAGAGGGGGGGGGGUCUCAGCCAGGGUCAGGGUGGGCUUUGCAGAGAAUAUGGGAAUUUGGGAAUAUGGUUCUUGCAUAGGAAAGACGGCCGUCCAUCUUCUCACUGGGCUUCACUGUGUCCAGGGGAGGAGGUGGGAGAUGGGCCAGAUGGCAGUGGCCCUACUGCAUGGCGCCCAAGAAGGUGAUGGUGGCGUGCCCUCGGGUCACCGAGGAUUGGUGGUGGAGGCCUCCGGUGGCCAGGGUGCCCUGUUCUAGCUCCCCUGGUCCUUCCUUCCCGCCGGGGUUUUCAGGCUGCAGGUGUAAUGGCUGCCUUGGCCUCAUGCUCUGCGCAAGGUCUGUGUGUGUUUGGGGGUAGGGUGGAGCCUGUUUGGUGUUUACUGCUGCCUGGGGACCAAGGCCAGCAGCACUGGGUGGCUGCACCCGAGGGGGCAGGUGGAGAGGAGACUGGGCUUGGCAGGGUCUCCCCCAGGGAAGCUCAGAGCAAAGCAGCACCAGCCCCUGUCCCCAGGGCCCGUUGGGAGGGGGCCGGUGAGCCCCAAGUGGCAGCUUCUACUGGUCACUCUGUCCCCCUGCCCCGUGCAAUGGCCAGCUUCUGAGAGAGACCUUCACUCACUGUCACUUUCAGGGGUAGCCGGGCCUCCCCCAGUCUACAGCAGGGGUUGGUGACCUGCAGAGUCCCUUCCCAGCCCAGACUGCCCUCCCCCCAUAGAAAGGCGCUGUGUUGUCUGAACUGUGAAUCGUGUGCUUAUGUCUAUAGCUAUAUAUAUAUUUUCUAAACAAACACUUCAUCUCAGUAAGCGUCCAACCAUUGCUCAGUGGAGUCAAUCCUCAGCCACUUCCUCCUCAAAGCCAGGACAGGCCCCCGGGAGGAGCAGAGGGGCCCCGGGGGUCCCGUGUCCUGAGCCCGGCGCCGGCGAGCGGCCUCAGCCCAGGCUACGGGGACUUCCCCGAGGGGCCGAGGGGCCGCAGCACGGACUCAGCCCGCGGCGGCCCCUCCCUCCCUGUUGGCCUCUGCGGGAGCUGUUACUGCUCAGUGUGCCCUGCAGUGCCCCCGCAUGGCGCUGGCUGGGUUCUACAUGGAAAGCCCCUCCUGCGCCGUCGGUGGCUGCCUCUUCCCCACCCUGCAAGGAGAAGCCAUGCAGGGGGAGGGGGCUGCAGCCGCCAGCUCGUUUUUGUGCAAAUGUUGCGCUGGGAGUCGGGGCUCCGGCAGCCUCCUGCGCAUCCCGCGGCCCUGGCCGUCCGUGAGUAGAGACUGUGAAGUGCUGGCGGUGACGCUCGGCCCGCAAACAUCGUCAGGGCACUUUGUAUCUGUCACUGGGUCUGAAAGGCCUUCGGU